AUGCGACACUAUGUUGGUGGCAAGUGGGGCUUCUCCCUCAUUUUCGGCAUAUAUGGCUCCGUGUUCCCGUAUGCUUUCAUCAUGGCUGUGGUGAACGCAGCUCUGACAUUUGGAGUUUCUGUUAGCAUGGAGCUCAGUGACGGUUUCAAUGCGGACCCGCAGACUACAGAAACCGUUGCGACGCUCAUGGCAAUCUUUAGCGCUGUGAUGAUGUUCAUUUUGACAUUUCGCAGUGACAUUGCCUACGAGAGAUGGUGGGAGGGUGGCACCUUACUACAGAAGACCCGUGGAGAGUGGUUCAAUGCCUACAGCAGUUUGGUGGCCUUCAGCCCCUUGGCCUCGCAUCGUGGGCUUUCUGCUCGCAUGUCAAAUGUGUAUCGAUCCGAGGUUCUGCUAGACCAGAGCUGCAAAGACAGGUAUUUGGAGAGCACCAGAGACAAGGUCCUUCGCAUGAAUGACGGCGUGCUUCCUGUUGCUCCUCCAGUCUUGUCUCGAGCUUUCCAGGAAUUGUCUCGUGGCAUUGUGAAUCUGCAGAAUGCGAGAAAGAUCGCAGACUUCCCCUUCCCCUACCCCUACGCGCAGGUAAGCAUUUUGAUGCUACUGCUUCAUUGGGGCCUCAUGCCAUUUUGGUGCAGCAUGUUAUUGUCCAAAACGAUGGCUGCGGCAACCUCCUUCGUAGUGCUUUGGAUGCAGUGGUGCUUGAACUUCAUAGCGCUGCAGCUAGAGGCUCCGUUUGGAGAUGAGCCGAACGAUCUGCCAAUGGAUCAAAUGAUCCUGGAUUGGAAUAACAGCUUAUGCACUUUAUUGUCUCCAAGAUCACAGCGCCCACCAGCGUUUGAAUUCGAUCCCGCCGUUCAUGGCAGGUGGAUCACCUCCUUGUCCUCUGACAUUCCUACGUUGUUGGGCUUGGAGGACCGUCAGAUUCAAGACUUCCAUCAAAUAUUAUACACAUUACAUAAGAGUGCAAGUGAGCAAUCAUUUGCUUCUGAACGCAGGAGGAGGAAGAGGAGACCAACCUUGCACUACUGCGGAUCUAGAGACUGCGUCAUUUUGUUUGUUGCCCUGGCCCCGCAAUGCUGGGCCAAAGCUUCGCAGGAGUUGGAAGAGGAGGCCUUGAUUCUGUCGGUUUUACGCCUUCUCAAGACUUUUGUGUACAGUUUUGUGAGACUUCCUGAUUGA